AUGACGGUGGCCGUGCCGGGCCCCCCCCUCUGCCCCGCAGCUGACUCACGGCGUCAUGAACAAGGAGCUGAAGUACUGCAAGAACCCGGAGGACCUGGAGUGCAACGAGAACGUGAAGCACAAGACGAAGGAGUACAUCAAGAAAUACAUGCAGAAAUUCGGGGCCAUCUACAAACCCAAAGAGGACACGGACCUGGAGUAACCCCCGCCACCUCCUCCACCAUCUCCACCACUGCCUCCACCAUCUCCACCACCUCCUCCACUGUCUCCACCACAUACUCCACUGUCUCCACCAUCUCCACUACCACCUCCACCAUCUCCAUCACCCCCUCCACCAUCUCAACCACUGCCUCCACUGUCUCCACCACGUCCUCCACCAUCUCCACCACCGCCUCCACUGUCUCCACCACGUCCUCCACCAUCUCCACCACGUCCUCCAUCAUCUCCACCACCUCCUCCACCAUCUCCACCGCGUCCAUCACCAUCUCCACCACGUCCUCCAUCAUCUCCACCACCUCCUCCACCAUCUCCACCGCGUCCAUCACCAUCUCCACCACGUCCUCCAUCAUCUCCACCGCAUCCAUCACCAUCUCCACGGUGUCCAUCACCAUCUCCACCACGUCCUCCACCGUCUCCACCAUCUCCACCACCUCCUCCACCGCGUCCAUCACCAUCUCCACCAUCUCCAUCACGUCUACCAUCAUCUCCACCAUGUCCUCCACCAUCUCCACCACCUCCUCCACCAUCUCCACCAUGUCCAUCACCAUCUCCACCGUGUCCACCGCCAUCUCCAUCAUCUCUACCACAUCCACCACCACCUCCACCUCCUCCUCCACCUCCUCCCCGUCGAUACCGGACGCAGCCAAACCUCGGAACACCCGAUUCUGCCGGAAUCCGCUCUUUUAA